CGCUGCUGGGGCUCGCUGUCGAAAUGAGCCGCUGACGGGGUGAACGGGGUGUGUGUUUAUAUGUGUGUGUGUGCCGCAGCAGACACGGAUGGAGCCCGGACAGAUCACCUGGCUGUACGCUCAGCUCAGCGGCCACCCGGCGCCUGUUGCAGCGCAUGUGAGGGAGGAGCAGCUCCCGGAGGUCCGGGUCUACACGGUUACAGCAGAAUGGAGUCAGAGCAGUCUGGUCCGGAGCGCCAGACUUCGCUCCUUGCAGCAGUGGACUCUGAUCGCAGACAGCAACAAUCACAGGAGCAUCCGGACCGUCCUCCCUCCCGGACCCUGCGUCCCCCUGUCUACAGAGUUGCUGAGUCGACGCUCUCCUGUUCAAGACCUCAGAGGCGUCAUCAGGGAGACAUACGGUUACCAGCUUCUAGAGGUGUGGGACAGCCACGGCCUCCGAAGAUGCUUCAACCUGACUGUCAUGGACGUACAUGGCAGAGUGUACGACGACGGUAAGACGACGGAGGCUUCCGGCUGCCUGUCGUGGUCUCAGUGUGAGAACAAACUGCUGUACGUGGCUGAGAAAAGCAGGAGCGCGUCAGAAGACGGACCGGACGUGGAUCAAGCGAGCAGAAAGGACAGGAACGUGUACUGUGAGGACUGGGGAGAGGCUCUGGCCAACCGGAGCGUCCCGGUCAUCUGUGUGGCGGACCUGCAGAGCAACUCGGUCGCAGUGCUGCCGAGUGUCCCGCCGGAUGUCUCCCCUGGACAGGCUCUGUGGGCUCCUGGAGGUCAAGCAGUGUUUUUUGUUGGUUGGUAUCACGAACCUUUCAGACUUGGACUGAAAUUUUGUUCCAACCGCCGAUCAGCCUUAUUCAGCCUCAGCCUGGAUGGACACUGUGAGCGUCUGACGGGGGACGAUCUCUCCGUGUCCUCCCCCAGACUGAGUCCGGACGGGUCCACGCUCGUGUACCUGCAGGGCCGAGUGUUCGGUCCUCACAACCAGUGCCUUAGCUUACAGCAGCUGGACUUGAAGAGCAGGAAGAUGGAGACGCUCCUGGACGUCGUCGGCAGACCUCAGGCUGAGGAGUUUGCAGGCGUGUACGAAGCUCUGCCGUCCUGCUGCUGGUCUGCAGACAGUCAGAGAGUGGUCUUCAGCAGCGCUCGCAGGAACUGGAAGGAUCUGUUUGUGGUCGACAGAAGAACAAAGAAAGUUACCUCCCUCUCUGAUAAUUUGCCUGAUGAUUCUAAACCUUACGGAAGCUGGAAGCUUCUGACCAUCCAGGGUGACCUGAUGGUGGUGUGCUGCUCCAGCCCCAACACGCCUCCCACUCUGAAAGUGGCGUUUCUGUCGGCCGCAGGCGAAGCUGUAGUCUGGUGCGCCCUCCAUCCGCCCGUCCCGACGCUCGACUUCCACUGGUCGACUCUGGACGUCACGCCGGCUGCAGACGAGGACAAUCCACUCUACUCCGGUUUAGACUUUGGAGCCAUCUUGGUUAAACCGUCUCUUCCUCUUUGUGGAAGCAGGAUGCCUCUGGUCGUCUUCAUCCACGGUGGGCCACACUCUCAGUCCCCUGCUGAGUGGAACAGCACCACAGCCGGACUGGCCAAACUCGGCUUUGCUGUCCUCAUGGUAAACUACCGGGGAUCGACGGGGUUCGGCCAGGACAGCAUUUUGUCCCUGAUUGGUCACGUCGGGAGCCAGGAUGUGAAAGACGUGCAGAGGGCCGUGCUCACGGCGCUGCAGACUGACCCCACCCUGGACCCUGAGCGCCUGGCCGUGAUCGGUGGCUCUCACGGAGGUUUCCUGACAUGUCACCUCCUCGGUCAGUACCCGGACUUCUACCGAGCCGGCGCAGCCAGGAACCCGGUCAUCAAUGCGGCCACAUUGCUGGGAACCAGCGACAUCGUGGACUGGCGUUAUACCAGUGCUGGAUUUCAGUUCUCAUACGACCGGAUACCCACAGCUGAGGCUCUGGCUGCCAUGUUACAGAAGUCACCGAUCACACACGCUGCUCAGAUCAAGGCUCCAGUGCUGCUGAUGCUGGGAGGCAGAGACAGGCGGGUGUCUCCUCACCAGGGCCUGGAGCUCUACAAAGUGCUGAAGAGCAGAGGGUCCCCCGUCAGGUUGUUGUGGUUUCCAGAAGAUGGACAUUCUCUGUCCAGAGUGGACACACAGGCCGACUGCUUCCUCAACACGGCGCUGUGGCUGCAGCAGCAUCUGUGAACUCACAGCCUGGACUGGGAAUCCUUCAGACAAGAUGAAGAAACAGACCGCCGCUGACAAUCUCUGACACCCCACUGCCUUUUUCAGAACAAAGCCACAAUGUAUAUUUGUACUUUUUUGUUUGAAAGUAAAAUCAAAGCAUGUAAUAAAACACAUUUCAGAAACUAGUGAUGUUGUUUUAUGUAACCAUACAGAUGAAACAACAAGAGGUUUGGAGUUAAUCUUAGUGUUUGAUGCUGUCUUUGCACUGCUGCAGCUGGGCUGUAUGUCAAAAUGAGUGUGACAGUUCUUAUUUUCCCUUCAGUUUGAAGAAAAAAAUUUUGAUAAACUGAUAAAAAUCUGAAAUCUUAUCUUGACUGAUGUUAAUACAAUCCGUCACUGCCUGGGAAGUAAUUCCUGCUGCUCUAAAUGUGCAUGUUUUCACCAACUUACUGUCUUGCUCGUGCCAUUUCAUGAGCCAUCUAUGUCAUCUUUUUAUAUUUUUAAUGUAUAUAAUGGUUAAUGUUUAAUUACACCGGUUUAGGUUGGCCCGUUUGGAUCAGUUUUGCUCAACAUCCUGAUGCUUCCUUAUUGAUGUUUGACACUUAAC